AGAGCGAGUUGUGAUCCAGUGUGGAAAAACAUCAGAUGGCGGAGGAACAUGAACUCUCCAGGGCGUCAGAAUUCAUCAAAGACCGACUGUACUUUGCCACGCUUCGUGUCAAACCGAAGAACACGGCAAACACACACUACUUCAGCACAGACGAGGAGUUCAACUACGAGAGUUUCUACUCUGACUUUGGUCCCCUCAACCUGGCCAUGCUGUACAGAUACUGCUGCAGACUCAACAAGAAGCUCAAGUCCUUCACCACGUCCAGGAAGACGCUGGUCCACUUCACCAGUUAUGACCAGAAGAAAAGAGCCAAUGCUGCCGUCCUCAUUGGAGCCUUUGCUGUCAUCUAUUUGAGAAGAAGUCCAGAGGAGGCGUACGAGACUCUUCUCUCAGGAAGCCAAACAGGAUACCUGUCGUUCAGGGACGCAGCGGUGGGAGAAUGUUCCUUUAAUCUCUCAGUGCUCGACUGCCUACAAGCCAUUCGCAAGGCGGCGCUGUACGGUUUCCUGGACUUUGAGAGCUUUAACGUUGACGAAUAUGAACAUUACGAGCGUGUAGAAAACGGGGACAUGAACUGGAUCGUUCCGGGGAAGUUGUUGGCGUUCAGCAGUCCUCACCCUCGCAGUAAGAUAGAGAACGGUUACCCUCUCCACGCACCUGAGGCCUACUUCCCAUACUUUCGCCAAAACGGCGUCAAGGCCGUGGUCCGCCUAAACAGGAAGUUGUACGACGGCAGGCGGUUCGAGAACGCCGGGUUUGACCACCACGACCUCUUCUUCCUGGACGGGACGACGCCCACCGACCUCAUCACCAGACGCUUCCUGCAUGUGUGUGAGAGUACAGAAGGAGGCGUGGCUGUGCACUGUAAAGCCGGCCUGGGCCGCACGGGCACUCUCAUUGGCUGCUACUUGAUGAAGCACUUCCGCUUCACUGCGGCUGAAGCCAUCGCCUGGAUCAGAAUCUGCCGACCCGGAUCCAUCAUUGGUCCACAACAGAACUUCUUAGAGGAGAAACAGCACAGUAUGUGGGUCCAGGGUGACGUCCAUCGCUCCAAACAGAAGCUGGUUCAGCAGAGACUGAGUCGACGGCAGCAGCUUCAGCAGCAGCGUCAACAUCAGCAUCAGCAGCAGAUUUGCGGCCCUGACUCUGACGAAGGCAAACAGGACGCCAUGUCCCGCCUCUUCUCAAGCAUGGGCGACCUGUCACUCAACACCACGCUCCACAAAUCCUACAGCAUGGACGAGAAUAACUGUAAAGACAGCAGUCUGACUCAGGGAGACAAACUGAGAGCACUGAAAGGACAGAGAUCACAGUCACCAUCUUCAAGGUUAAACCUGUCAAAGUCCUCUCACUGCUCCAUCCUUCCACCGGCUAAGUCUACAAAAGUCCCGCUCUCCUUCUCAUCCUCCUCUUCCUCCUCUUCAUCUAAGAAGCUUGUGCGAAGCUCCUCCUCCUCCAUCCCUUACAUCAAGAGGUGAGUGACCGCCUUGAUUUCAAGCCUUGACCAGCUGUGCGAUGUUUGUGUUCCCUCACUCUCCCUCACCAAAGUCUAUUGAGGAAAUCUGCAUUCUGCCGCAUCUGCCGCCUCAUUCUGUUCAUUUAUGAAGAUUUCAAAAUGAAAAAAGUAGAUUUCAAAUACCGAAAGACACACAAUAUCAUAUUUGAGGUUAACAAACUCUUGUGUGGGUUUUGAAUAUGAGUUUCUUGUUAAGUGACUAAAAUCAGCCUUUUUUCCUCAUACAAGCAUCCCCUGAAGUCAGCAAGUGCGUGUUAUAUGAGAAAAAUCUGUUUCUUCUCGACGUAUUUGUUGCGACUCUUUCCCUGUGUUGUUGUUUUUUGUCUCCUCAGUCUGUUCAG